AUGGACAUCGUGGUCCCUAUGCAGCAUCCCACCCAGAGAGGGAACAGGUAUAUCUUAGUAGUAGUGGAUUUUGUCACCAGGCACAGGAUCAGUGACUGCCUUGUGUUUGUUUGUCUGCACAGGGUCCUGGAGAGUAUCUGGUUUGUCUGGGUGUCAUCCAUGAGCCACGUCCCAAUGAACAUUGAUUACGAUAAGAAUCUGGACUGGUUCCCUACCCAGCUCCUGGCAACAUGCAAUAUGGAUCAGUCCCUGUUCAAUGAUUGGUUCACUGGGCAUCAGAACUUCCAAAUUGAGCAUCUCCUUUUCCCCACAGUGCCUGGACACAAUUACUGGAAGGUGGCCCCCCUUGUGAAGUUGCUGUGUGCCAAGCAUAGCAUUGAGUACCACUGCAAGCCCCUCCUCACCGCCUUUGCAAACAUUGUGCACACUCUGAAGGAUUCUGGAGAGCUCUGGCUUGAUGCCUAUCUGCAUAAAUAAGCGGCAGCAGCACCUUGUGACAUUCCAAAUACAGCAGCUGCCACACAAAAAA